UCAUUCUUUAAAUUAAUGACAAUUUAUUAUAAUCUUUGCCUGGCUAUUAUUGCAAAUCCGUACCCAAGCUUUACGUAUAUUCUUAUCCAUACUUUGUUUUAUUGUUAAUUAUCUAAGUCACUAUCAAUGGUCUUUAAGUAAAUUAACAAUUGCAAAUAUUUAACUAGUAAUUUGGCGAAACACUAGAUAAAUAAAAAAAAAAAUUCCACUGUAAAAAAAAGUAAAUGUUCAUAGUUCGAGUUCAUCGGUCUCUGAAUUCACGCGUUUUAAUUUAGUUUUUUUUCUUUAAAUUAUAUAACAUCAUGUCACUAUUAUUCAAAAUUUAUCUGAUUAUUUAUAAUUUUUACUUGAUCUCUGCAGCAGAAGAUGCAAAUUACUGGACUUAUAUAGCGAAAGAUGAAUUGAAAGAGUCGUUGUCAUAUUCAUGGAAUAAAAAUAUUGCGAAAAAUGUAAUAUUAUUUAUUGGCGAUGGCAUGAGUAUCGAUACGAUAACAGCAAGUAGAAUUUACCAUAAUGGAGAGACAAGUUAUCUUGCAUGGGAAAAAUUUCCUCAUGUUGGCUUAUUAAAGACUUAUAAUACUAAUCUGAAGGUACCAGAUUCAGCGUCGACGGCAACAGCGCUUUUUAGCGGAAUCAAAACCAAUACUUUAGUAGUUGGAGUUGAUAAUAAUGUAGUUCUAAAUGACUGCAACAGUAGUUUGAAACCAGAGUAUCACACUAAAUCAAUUAUUGAGUGGGCGCAAAAUGUAGGAAAAGAUACCGGUUUUGUAACAACGACAAGAGUAACACAUGCGACACCAGCUCCUUUGUACGCUCACUCACCAAAUCGUAAUUGGGAAUGUGAAAACAAAGUCCCAGUUGGAGCUAAAAAAUGCAAAGACAUUGCGCGUCAAUUGAUUGAAGACGAUCCGGGAAGAAACAUAAAAGUUAUUAUGGGUGGUGGGCGCCAGAUGCUUAAAUCUAACGUAACGGGAACUAAAAUAGAUCCUAUUGAUACGUGGGCAUGUUACAGUAGCGAUGGGCGAAAUUUAAUAGAGGAUUGGGCGCGAGAUAAGGCUCUGAAAAAUGCCAGGCACCAGGUUGUCCAAAAUAACAAGCAAUUGAGGGCCGUAGAUCCUGAUGAUGUAGAUUUUUUGAUGGGGAUCUUUGCCAAUGGAUAUUUGAACAUGGACUGGGAGAGAGUUGAUGGCCCAGAAGGGCAGCCUAGUCUCGAAGAGAUGACCACAAUGGCAAUUAAGGUGCUGCGGAAGGCGCCCAAGGGUUUUUUGUUAGUGGUUGAAGGUGGACUAAUUGAUGUCGCUCAUCACCACGGGAAUGCUGCUCAAGCACUCCGUGAAACUGUCAGAUUAUCGGAUGCUAUCAAUGCCACUUUGCAGAUGGUCGAUUUAGAUGACACUCUGGUAAUAGUUACUAGUGAUCACUCGCAUUCCAUGGCUUUCAAUGGCUACCCUGAAAGAAAUUCAACGGUUUUAGAUGCCCCUCAAAAAUUGAAUUUCGAUGGCAUGGCAUAUCCUAUAUUGUCUUACAGUACAGGAAUAUUUGAUGACAUGGCUCAUAAAAUAAGCAACGACAACGCAACCGGGAUAAAUCCUAAUAGUAACAAUAAAUCGGAUUAUAGUUACGGCCAAAAAGCAGCAUUUAUUAGGGCUGAAGCUUAUCAUGGCGGCGGCGAUGUUCCGAUUUAUGCUAUAGGACCUUACGCACAUUUAUUUCAUUCAACGCACGAACAAAAUUACGUUGCACACGUGAUUGGCUAUGCGGCGCAAAUUGGACCGUACGCCAAUGCUGCUAAUCAGCUAAACCGAAAGUGGAUUGUGAUAAUUACAUGUUCUAUCAUAUAUGUAGUAUACUAUUGCUCAAAUACAUAUUUCUGAUGCUAUCAGCGAGAAGAUAUUGUAGAAUAUAGCUUAUCUGUGCUCAUUUGAUCUUUGAUUUUUUAAACAUCGCGACUAAUCGCAAUCAAGUAUUCAUUUUUUUUCUGUCUUCAGUACUAUUUUUCCUCUCAGUUGAACUUCGCAAGAAGUAGAAAAUAAACAAAAAUACAUAUUUCGAUAACUCAGAGGUAUCACUGACCUAGUCGCACGAAUAAUGCAAACAUUGAUGAUUCAUUUUAUUAGUAUUGUUUUUUCUAAAUAUAUUU